AUGGCGGAGCAGGUGAAGCUGCUCGGCGUGGGAGUCCAACGACGUGGUGGCCUGCGCGAGGUCCCGCUUCAGCCCGGCGAGGGUGUCGUCGCUGCCGGAGACCGUGAGGAUCAUCUCGGAAAAGUUAAAAAUCGCCCUGUUGAAGUCCUCAUGGUGGACCUCGAUGUACUCAUCGAGGUUGAGAUCGAUUUUGCCCUUGAGGUCGUGGUAGGGGCGAAGUUUCUCGCGAAUCUCCACCGGCGUGGCGUCGGUCCCGGUGGCCUCGGACAGGAUGAUCCCCACCACGUGGGUGUGGGGGGCGAACUUGUCCAAAAGCAGCUCGGGGUCGACCUCCGCGAAGAGCGCGCGGGUGUUUUGCACGAAAUGGCGAUCCGCCGCGGGGAGGUCGCCGAACUCGUCCGCCGAUCCCUCGUCCUCGUCCGGCUCGACCUCGCCACGGCGGCGAAAUAG